AACACUUUCAGUGGGUGUGGGCUUGCAGUACUGGAAGCCUACCUUUCAGCUGUGACUGUCAGCCCUCUCGAGGCAAGAGAUUUGCAGGCGACCGCAUCUUCUGUUUACUGAAAUAGAUUUUUACGCCAUUAUGUGGCAUCAACUUGGAUAACCCCCAUGGAGCCUGUACCUGUGCCUUUCACAGCAGACUGCAAACAUAAUGGCACAUGGCCAGAGCUCUCUGAAAGCGACUGCCCUCAGACUAAUACUUCGGUGUCUCUCCCACAUCAGCUACACAGUGGAUUUCUGGGCGUGCUCUUGGGCAGUGUGGCGGUUCUGACUGUGUUCAUGAACAUCUUGGUUCUCUAUGCGGUAAGGAAGGAGCGGAUGCUGCACACUGUGGGCAACCUCUAUAUUGUCAGCCUCUCUGUGGCAGAUCUUAUUGUUGGUGCCACAGUGAUGCCCCUGAACCUGGCCUACCUGCUGGAGGAUGAGUGGAAGCUGGGUCGAGCUGUGUGCCAGUUUUGGCUGGUCAUGGACUAUGUGGCGAGCACAGCCUCAAUCUUCAACCUGUUCAUCCUGUGCCUGGACCGCUACCGCUCAGUGCAGCAUCCACUUUCUUACCUUAAGUAUCGAACAAGGGGCAGAGCAACCCUCAUGAUCUCUGGGGCAUGGCUUCUCUCCCUGACGUGGGUCAUACCCAUUCUUGGGUGGAGAUCAUUUGCUUAUGUCGAUCGAAAACCUGAGACUGAGAACAAGUGUGACACAGAUUUCCGCUUUGUUACGUGGUUCAAGGUUCUGACAGCCACCUUGAAUUUCUAUGUCCCCUCUGUGUUGAUGCUGUGGUUCUACUCCAGAAUCUUUGUUGCUGUACGAGAACACUAUCGGCAGUGGGAGAGUAUUUUCAGUUCAAUGGAUUCUUCUGCGAACAAAGGAGACGGACACAAAGGAGUUAAUAAAGUCUCUCACAGGGGCAGCCUGCCUACCCUUGUGCACACCGAGGUCUUGUUAGAUCAGUACAGCCUAGAGCAGCAGUUUGAACCCAGGGACAUGAAUGAGGGGGGCGUCGAAAAACAUCAAACUGUGAGGAAGUCCCUACACAAGAAUGGUUCAUUUUUCCACGUCUCUGGUAAAAGUAAGAAAAAAAGUGUGAGACAUACUCAGAACAGUUUCUGCUCAAGUGAAGAUGAGGAUUUAGGCAGUGAGAGCCCAUCAAGAGGGUCAGUGCUACCAAUGAUUUGUCUGCAGUCAUCUGAGGAUCAUGAGGAUUCAAAAAUGAUUGUGUCAGUUAACAAUUGCGAUGUUAUGGUAGAAAACUCUGAGACUGGUGUUUGUGAGCUAACAUCCAAAGUACACCAAUUAGCUCACACAGUAAGUUGUAACAACCUUUCACAACCAUUUAGGGGAUCUUUGUCAGAAGAUUCAAGCCAAAAACCAGACACAUCAAAAGCAGUCGCCCUUAAACAUACCUGGCAGAAGUUUCGUGAUCAGUCCAGGCAGUGUGUCCAGAAUAUGCGCAUUCACAAGGAACGUAAAGCAGCAAAACAAUUAGGUUUCAUCAUCACUGGAUUCAUGGUUUGUUGGAUACCAUACUUCAUAACCUUCAUGGUGAUGGCUUUUUGCACAACUUGUGUCCAUCACGACCUACACAUGUUCACUAUUUGGCUUGGAUAUAUCAACUCCACACUGAACCCUUUCAUAUAUCCCAUGUGUAAUGAGAAUUUCAAAAGGGUGUUCAAAAGAAUAUUUCAUAUUGGCACAUAACAUUUUGCCUUGAACUGUUACAAAUCCAUGGCAUCACAUGCACAUACUGUAGGCCUAGUGUAGUUUAUACACUGUGUGUGUCAUAAUGUCCUUACUCAGUAAACAAAAAUAUCCAUUUGUCAUUCCACAAAUCAUGAGAAAAAAAUACCAUAUCUGGCCAAGGGAAUGGGAACAUAUUGGCCACUGUCAAGGAAUACAACCUACUCCCCCAAGAAAAGACCUUGAAUGUUGGUGAAUUUCUGUUGAAGUUAUUAAGUAUUCAUCACUUCGUUAUUUAUAAUCUGUAUCAGAUGGAAAAUUUAUAAAUAUCUGAAAUAUACACAUUUGCUUAUAAAUUGAGAGUUAACUACAUUUGAAUCUUUAAAACAAUAUUUUCUGAACAAUUAAUUUGAAUAUUAAUGGGGGGAAAGCAUGCUGCAGAGACUCGGAUGGAUGCAGACUCAGGACACACAGUAUCAACAAAAAUCAUGUACUACUCAUUCUGGUGGAACAGAAAUCUGCCAGCUGCUUGACCAACAUGGAGGAGCAGAGACUGUGCAAUGCUGCUUA